CAAGUUUUAUUCUUUGGGUUUCUUGAUUAAUCGAACAAUGCUGUUACUAGUUUGAACUUAGUUUGGGGCUUCAUUCUUAUAAAAAAAUAAUUAUGGGUGAUGUAUUGGAUAUUAAUGAAGGUGUCGAUAUAGAUGUAGAAGAUGAAGGCGAUCAAAGUGUGAUGCGUUUGAAGGAUAAAGUAGUUAAGCGUAAAGGGAGAGGCUUUGGUCCAGGAGAGUCGAGAGAACAUGAAAAAGUUCGCGGAUAUGACUCUAUAGACGCUGGUGAUGGUGACGAGCCGGGUCCUCAAAAAUCCGUUGAAGGUUGGAUAUUAUUUGUAACCUCUGUACAUGAAGAAGCAAGUGAGGAUGAUUUAAUGGAAAAAUUUUCGGAGUUUGGUCCUAUAAAGAAUAUCAGUAUUAAUUUGGACCGAAGAACAGGUUUUCUUAAAGGCUAUGCAUUAAUUGAAUAUGAAUCAUAUGAAGAAGCUGCAGCUGCUAGAGAGGCCUUAAAUGGAUCAACACUUCUAGGUCAAACAAUUGGAGUUGACUGGUGCUUUGUAAAAGGACCGAAAAAAAAUAAAAAGAAGAGUCGAAGACAUUAAGUUAUUAUUUUUAUUCAUUAGAUGUGUGGUUUGUAUUUACAACAAUGUAACAAAAUUUUUAUAUAAAAAAAAUAUGUGCAAGUUUUGAAUCUUCCUUGACAAAAUAAAUAACUGCAAAAUUAUGAUAUACAGAAA